UACAUUUUCAUUUACAGUUUCUUUAACUUUAUAAACAAAGAGCUAAAAAGUAAAAGUUAAUAAAUAUUUAACGUCUGGCAACUAAGACUUAUUGCCUUUUGAUAUUUGAACAUUAUUAAAGAGAAAAUUCAUUAGAACAAAUUAACAUUAAAAUGGGUAUUUUCUUGUCGUGUUGUAGAGGAUCUAACGAAGAAGAAGAUUCACUUACAGUUUCUGUGGAACAAAGAAGGAAACAAGCAGAAGAAGCUGCUGAAAGAAGACGACUUGAGAAUGAAAGACGUGGCAUAAAAGAUCCUGAAAAAUUCAAAAGGCAACAGGCUAAAGCUCAAGAAAUGGAGAAACGAGAAAUGGAAGCAGCGAAAAUUGGAGGUGGCAAUCCCAAUUUGAGAUGGACCCAAGACUAAGAUUAUUUUCGAGACUUUAAAAAAAAAUAUUAUGGAAGCAAAUCCAAAGAAAAGAUUUUGAUGUUUGUUGGCUUUAACUACACGACAGUUAUUUGUUUUUAAUACUUAAAACUACAUAAUGUGUGUGUGCAAUAUAUUUACAUAUUUUACAUUUAUUGCAUUAAGUGCUAAUAUUGUUUUAUAUAUUUUUACUUACAACUUUUCUACAUACAUAUAUACUUUAUUAUAUUAUAAAGAAAAUACGAAAAUAUAUAUAUAUAUAUUUAUAAAUGUUAUAAAAAAAUUUUGAUAUAUUUAA